AAGAAUGAAUACAUCAACAGGACAAAUCGUUUCUAUCAUUGGGAGUGGACUGAUUGGCCGAUCCUGGGCUAUGGUGUUUCUGAGUGGUGGAUUCAGAGUCAAAAUUUUUGACAACCAACCAGGACAGGCUGCCAACGCUAUCCAGGAAAUCAGGAAACAGCUGGAGGAGCUACAGAAGGCCAGUUUGCUGCGAGGAAACCUGAGUGCAGCAGACCAGCUGGCCCUGCUGAGCUGCCACGAUGACCUCCCCCAGGCACUAGAGGGCGUCUUCUUCGUCCAGGAGAGUGUAUUUGAGGAUCUGGAGGUCAAACGGAGCAUCUUCCAGGAGCUUGAAGGUCAUGUGGGAGAGGGCGUGGUCCUCAGCAGCUCCACUUCCUGCCUGUUGCCUAGCAAUGUCUUCUCCGGAGUCCGCAACAGAACACGCUGCAUUGUGUCUCACCCGGUGAACCCGCCCUACUAUGUCCGUCUGGUGGAGCUGGUACCACACCCGGAGACGUUACCUGAGGUAGUGGAUCGCACCCACGCCCUGAUGACCCAGGUGGGCCAGGCGCCCAUCCGUCUGAUGAAGGAGAUUGACGGCUUCGCUCUGAAUCGCGUGCAGUACGCCAUCAUCGCGGAGUCCUGGAGGCUGGUCAAGGAAGGGGUCAUCUCCGUUCAGGACAUUGACCUGGUGAUGUCAGAGGGGCUGGGCAUGCGUUACGCUUUUAUUGGUCCCAUGGAAACCAUGCACCUCAAUGCACCUGAAGGCCUGGAGGACUAUCUGAGGCGGUACAGUGUGGGAAUGAGGAGGGUGCUCUCAUCCUUUGGCCCAGUCCCUGAGUUCUCCGGGGAGGAAGCUGAGGCCAUUAACCAGGAGAUGUGUGACCUCAUCCCCAACGACCAUCACCACCUGUCCGCCAGGAGAGAGCAACGAGAUCAUUUGCUGAUGGGUCUGGCCAAGCUGAAGAAACACCCUGAGCAGUGGCAAGGAUGAGCCAGGACAGGAUAGACUUCUGAACUACAGAGAUUUUUUUCAGGGUUGUAGAACAUUCUGGAACUGCACUGAGCUCUAGGCAAUAGAGGGCUUCCCUACAGAAUCCCCCCAGCCAGACGCAAACACUGCAGCUGUAACUGAACCCGCAUCACUCAUCGGCUCACCAAGUGGCCGCCAAGCAACAAGCUAC